CACACACACACACACACCAAGAAGCACAGUAUUUCCAUGAAGAAGCAGGUUUAACAUCCUGUUUCAGUGCGCCAUGAUGCUGAGAAGAUCACUUGUACUUCUUUCUCUCAUUGGACAUGUUUUUGCCAAAAAACCUCCUGAUGUGGAUUGCUUGGUGGUGAAUCUGAAUUAUGUUUCCUGUACAUGGAAUAAGACCGGGACUCCGGAGGUCAACUACACCUUCUACAGCAACUUCGCCAGUGAACAACAAAAAAUCUGUAACGACUAUUUGUUGAAGAACAAUGUGAAGAUUGGAUGUAACCGACCGAUUGGAGACAGAUUCAAGAGAUUUUUCACUCAACUGGUCCAUGGCAAGGAUGUAUUUAAUCACCAGCAUUAUCUUAAACAGCAAGUCAAGUUAAAUCCACCGAACAACCUGACUGUCCUGAAUGGAUCGGAUUCUAACCUGUGGUUUUACUGGAACCGCACUUCUCCUACUCCCUUACACUGUGUCGAGAGUGAGGUCCGCUUCAAGACAAACAACAAUAACUGGGAGCAUUCCAAAAUUAGCCCCGGGACACGGAAAUACUGCAUCAACUUGCCCUCGAGCAGUUCCCGAUAUGAGCUGCAAGUGCGGAACAGGAUAGACAACAGCUGUGGAGAGUCUCUAUUCUGGAGUGACUGGAGUGAGCCUGUGGUCUGGGGAUCCAACAACACCACAUACUCGAAUGAUUCAAUGUCUGUGUGGACACCAGUGCUGUAUGUGGUCGGUGCCAUCAGCCUCAUCCUACUGGUCAUGCUGUUACUGCACCAUGAAAGGAUCAGAAUCAUCCUCGUCCCUGUGGUUCCCAAGCCAUCUCCGGUCCUGCAUGACAUCGAGGACUGGUUUCAGUUCUCCAAAAGCCUGAAGGAGAAUUUUAAAGCCAACUACAAUGAGCGUGCCUGCCCUGUGCGUGAGUACAACUACGUCUCCCAGUCUGAUGUGAUGAGCUCCGACGGCUCCACCUGCUCUGUCACCACGGACCAAACCGACUGCUCCGUCGAGCACGAUCCAGAAGAUCCGUGUGUCCCCUUUUCCUCUACCAACUGCCCAGUGUCAUCUGAGGAGGUGCAGAAGGUUUCUGUUUAAGAGUCGAGAUUGGGUGUCACAAAAAUGAAUCAAUCAAUUUACUGACACACCUCCGGCUCGACUGCAAGGAUCAGAAUACAGAUAAAUUAAUAUGAAUAAAUGAUUGCUGUGACCAAUUUACACCUGUUAAAUUUAAACUAGGCCUGUUAAAUAAGUAAAACCAAAAAAUCAGAUUAAGAUUUUAUAAGUAAUUUAUGACUUGUUUGAAUAUUUUUUUUUUAAAGCAGAAGUUAUUCUUCAAGUUAUUGAAGUGUUUAUUAGGAGGGACACAUUUCACACAUCUGGCCUUCAUCGCUGUCAGUUCUAUAACAGCUUAAAGCUUUGAUAUAAUAUUGUGGCCAGUAAGAUGAGCUGAAAGCAUCUAAAUUUUAAUCUAUUGUACAUUAGGGUUUAAAUCCCAACUUUACUCAGUUGAAAACAGGGGAUUUAAUGUAAGCAGAGCAGCUAUGAUCUUGAGGAAAGCCCUCAUUAAAAAUAUGCAAAGGACUUUGUGCUUCAGGAAAGCUUAUGGUAACUUUUUAUUCUACUCUGAAAACUGAGCUUGGAAAUAUUAUAUUAUUAUUUUCAACGUUUUGAAAAAAGUGUAGAAACAUAUAAACUUCCCUAAAUUGCAGAUUGUUCAAAUAUACAAAUUAUGAUAUGACUGGUUAAACACAAACAAAUGUCUGUGGUGGGCUGUGGUAUACUCUCCCAGUAUCACACCUUGUCUUUAGCUAACAAUAAAACCAUCAUUUUGUUGAUUUAAAUAUAUUUUUCAUUUUAUCAACAUUUGUAACUCUUGUGCUCUUUGUAAGCAUUUUAAUAAUGCAGAAAACAUUCCUGAAAACAAUCAUUUUGCAAUAACAAAGCCAGGAGUGCAAAACUUUUUAGGUGCAUGAUGCACAUAUGAUACUUUAUGGCCACAUAUGAUACUGUGUGUUUGACCACAUUAGACCAUAUUGUGUACUUCACUAUUGUGUAAUUUCAUUUCAUUUCAUUCCCCCUUAUAUUUGCCUUGGUAUCUAUUUUAAAAUAUUUUAUUAUUUUACUCUUUUCAUUUCGCUGGAUGUCUUAAUAACUUACCUGUACUUUUAGUUUUGGUGUCACAAGUAUUUGUCAUUAAACGUCACAUUAUAUUGUCUUUCCCCACUUCUGUUUUUGAAAAAUAAAUAAAUGCUUUU